AUGGCUUCAAAGACGGGGCUACUGUACUUAGUACUAGUUUUGAGGGUUUUCACUCUCUUAUUUCUAGCAGCUUCCAUUGUGGUUCUUGCCACCGAUAAGGUCCACUUAGAUCAUGACACUAAAAUAUACUUUACUGAUGUCCUUGCUUACAGGUACGUCAUGGCCGUGGCUGUUAUAGGGUUAUUUUACACUCUGAUUCAACUCCCUUUUGCCAUAUAUUUUGUUGCCAAGGAGAAGCGGUGGAUUCAACAUGGCUGCCUACCGGAGUUUGAUUUUUAUGGAGAUUUGGUAAUUAGCUUCCUUUUGGCAACUGGAGUUGGAGUUGGGUUCGGGUUUACCAUUGACGCUAAAAGGGCGUUGAAGGGAAUAUUUGCGGACGCUGAGCAAAGUGCUGACUUGAAUUUCGAUUCCCGGAUUUUAGAUAAUUAUGCGUCAAAAAGUUAUGAGAGUCUGGAUAGAGCGAUGAUUGCGACUGGCAUGCUUCUUUGCGGGUUUGUAACCAUGGCGAUAACUUCUAUCAUUACAUCAUUUAGGAAGACAUCAAAUCAGGGAGAGGGUUAA